CUUUCUUCUAUUUCCUCGCUUUGCUGCUUUGCCAUGCUUGCUCUGACUUUGUUUCACCUCCUGGCAGCAGGAUUUGGAUCCCCGUCCAAAGCUGAUGGUAGUUCGUGGAUUCAGGCCAAAUUAACCAAGAAAUCCCUACAGAGCUACUUAUUAAUAUUUCCUGGGAAAUUCUUGUAAAUCAGCAAAGAAGAAUCUGAAAGUAUUCAGGAGUAGAGAUGAUCUUCAAGCAGCUUCCAUUUGAAGCAAAGGUUGCAGUUGCUGCUGGAACUGUCUUCUUCUCCAUGAUAGUAUCACGAAUGUAUCUGGCUGAAAAUAUUGAAGUGACGAGAUUGAGAUGGCUGCUGAAGUUGCAGAUGAUAUUCUUUAUUAAUGCCUUGAUGAUCAUAGGAUCCUGUCACAUAUGGAGAAGUACAGUUACUGUGUUCUACAAACCACCAGCUGCCAACUCAUUCUGCUUCAUCUUAUGGAAAAUAAUAUUAUUAACGUUCCUGAUUUUGGCACACUCAAGUUUUUUCACACUAUUGUUUCUUGUCGCAGAAGAGCCUUAUUUCUUUUCUUUAGCAGCAUUCACCUGUCUUGGAAGCUACAUCAUUCUUAUUUUCUUCCUCUUCACUUUUGGUUCUCUGGAGCAGCUGUAUAUUCUCAUGACUCAGAGAAAUGCAAAAGUGGGUAGUACCAGUAAAAUUGGUAAAUUGGCAAGGAAGCCAGCUCUAGCAGUUACUGUGACUAUUGGAUUGACUGUUAUUGGGCUCCUCAAUGCUUCCCAGCCUCCUGCAGUAAAAUCAGUAGCAAUUCCUGUUCAUAAAUUACCAUUGUCUAUGAAUAACCUGAAGGUAGUUUUGCUUUCUGAUAUUCAUUUGGGACCAACUGUUGGAAAAACUAAACUCCAAAUGAUUGUAAAAAUAGUUAACAGUUUAAAGCCAAAUAUUACUGUGAUUGUUGGUGACCUGACUGAUUCUGAGGUGAAAGACCUUGGCCAUGCUAUGGAACCGCUUGGCCAACUUGAUUCCCCACUGGGGACUUAUUUUGUCACAGGAAAUCAUGAAUACUAUAUCUCUGAUGUCAACAACUGGUUUGAAUGUUUGAAGUCACUCAACGUUCACCCCCUUCACAAUGAACAUGUGAAGAUCAUGUCCUACAAAGACAAGGAUACUGACUGGUUUUGUCUGGCUGGGGUUGAUGAUAUCGAAGCUAAUGUGUUACAUUACACUGGGCAUGGCAUGGAUUUGAAAAAGGCAUUAGAAGACUGUAGUACUGACCAUGCCAUUGUUCUUCUUGCCCAUCAGCCGCUUGCUGCAAAAAGGGCUGUUCAGGCUCAGUCGGAUAUAAGUUUGGUCUUGUCUGGGCACACACAUGGAGGGCAGAUAUUUCCUCUGAAUAUUGGUGCUUAUUUCAUGAAUCCAUUCUUUGUUGGUUUGUAUAAAGUUGGACAGAACACUUUUGUGUAUGUCAGCCCGGGGACAAUGUUCUAUGGAAUACCCAUGAGACUGGGAAGUAGAGCAGAAAUAACAGAAAUCAUCCUUCGUUCUCCUUUAUCAGUAUGACAACUUAUUUCUCAUACUGAGGGGAUCAUCUGGUCACAUUAUUUUAAUUGUUAUACUUUCCUACUGAUAUUUCUGGAAUGCGGCUGGACAAGUUAUGAAAAUCAUAAUAUUUUUAAAAGAAGAAAAAAAUAUUUAACCAAAUUCCUGUCUGUAACAUGUUCAGAAUUGCUGGAGAUCUGUGAUGAAAUUUCAUUAGUUUAAUGUGCUAUUAUUUGGGGAUGCAAGUUUUAAAACACUAACGUAAAAUAUUGAUAUUUCCAGGGUAGAGAUAUCUAGUUGGUGAAGCUUAUUAAUAUCCAUCCUUUGAAAGUGUGAUGGCAUUGUGUCUAUGAAAUGUUCUAUGUAUUCUGUAUCUUUUUUCUCAAACGUAAGGGCUCCUGCAAGGGGUCAUAUCAGUAAACUGACUUCUAGACUACUUCUGUUUUUUCUUGGGCAUGAGAUUUGGUAGAAACUCAAAUAUAC